AUGUGUCAUGUGGAAUCCCCUGCCAGGACCAACUCAUUAGCGCGAAAGGCGUGCAAUGUGCCAUCUGCCUAUCGGUAUAUGAUCCGAAUAACAGCCAGCGCCCAGCUCCACUUGCGCGCGACUACUGUCUCGCUCCCGGUGUGGCAGCAACCCCAGCAGCAGCUCCGGUGGACCAUAUCCAUUGACUUGGGAAUUGGGAGCACAAGGCACAAAUACAACAGAGCAAAAGGAAAAAAUAUGAAAGAGAAGAUGGCGGCGAAUCGCAAGCGAAAGAAGACAAUCGAAAUGAUAGCAUCCGGCCUCGAAUCAGUAGUCAAGUGGAAAAUUAUUAUAUCAUCCAUAAUGUUGCUCCUGUUGAGCGAAACAAGUCACGUGCUGGCGGUGCGAAAGGGUCGCCUGAUGUCCCCGAGCACAUUCACUGCACUCAGCGGGGACCUGCAUGUGCAGAUUCAGUUCAAUGGAAACGACACAGAGCCGCCUGGCACGCCCCCCCACUUGAGCACCGACGGACGAGGGCCACAGCAGGAGCAGGAGCAGCAGCAGCAGCAGCAGGAGAGGGACUCCUUGACGAGCAGGAAUACCAUAAUGAGCACUUUAGUCAUUAGCAAAAUCAUUGAUGAGGUCGUGCCCUCACCGGAAAAGGACUUGGCGUCAGGGCACGGGCACGGGCACCACCAGCAGGACGAUGGCAGCAGCAGUGGCAGCAGAGCCAGCAGCAAUGGCACCCAGGUGCUGCUCCAGCGGAAGCGCAAGGAGGUGGUCCAGAACAUACCCCUGUUUCCGGAUCCACGCUUCAAUGUCACCCAGGUGACCGUGCCCUGUCAGACCUUCUUUCUGGGCGGCCUCUAUGAGAUGCAGGUUGUCAGCAACCUCAAAACCAUAUCGGAUGCACCCCCGGCCCCGGCCCUGGAUCGACGCAACCGCAGCGAGGCGGAUGGUGCGCCCAGACCCACACUGACGACGACCACCCUGGUGCCGGCCCAGGACGAGCGGCUGCAGCAGACCCUCGAUGUGCGGUGGCCCAGUGCCGAGAUGAUCGUCAGUCCGGUACGCCUGCGCACCUACCCCAAGGGCCCGGUGGAGGUGACGCUGCGCUUUCCCGAGGUCAAUUGCGAUGAAGCCCUUGUUGCCGGCAAGGUUCCGGGCCUGCCCGAGUUCUGGCUGGAGCUGAUCUACUGCGGCAAGGAGCGGAGCUGCGGCCUCAAUGUCUCCCGGUCCAGUGUGCUCUUCGCCGAGCAGGUGCGUGGUUUCCCCAAGCACAAGAGCCUGCAGCUGGGCUGCCAGCUGUUCGGUCUGGCCGGGAACUAUGCCGUCCAGCUGCGGCCCAUGAUAGCCGCCCAGAAUGUGCCCACCACCCGGCGGCAGCUCAGCGUGGACUGGAGCGACGAGUUUGUCUUUAAUGUCUAUGCCCGUAGCAUCUUCCCCUGCGAUCCGCACACGGGCAUCGGAGUGCUGUACGAGUAUCCCGGCUGCAUCCUGGAGCAGGGCGAUCGGGUGCGCCUCUACGCGAAGCUGCGCGCGGAUGUGGCUUCCCUGAAGCCACCCACAUCGCUGCACUACGUCGCCGAGCAGCGGGUGGUCAAGAGCCAGCACUCGCUGUACUUCUCCUGCGAACUAUUCUCCGAGAAGUACGUGGAGUACUGCUUCGUGUACGUCAGCCAGGCCAUAUCUGGCGCCGUGGCGGAUGUGCGGAUGGACUGCGUACCCACUUUGCCAGUCAGCGAUUCCGACACUGGUGGAUGGGGUCCGUGGAGCGAGUGGACAUCUUGCUCCACCAACUGCUUGGGAGGAACGCGUAAUCGCUACCGAUUCUGUGAUUCCCCACCACCGCGCUAUGGCGCAAAGUUCUGUGAGGGCCCCUCCGUUGAGACGGAAAAGUGUGGCAAGAGCAUUGCCGACACGUGGGACUGCAUCUACGAGACAUCCGGCACCACGCUGAGCAAAUCGAACAGCUCGGAGGUCAGUCAGGAGAUCGGACCCGGCUGUCGCUGUGGCUGCAUUGUGCACUUGGGUUCCUCGAAGCCCAAGCGGAUUAUAGCGGGAGCCACUCAAAGCUGCCCGGGACGCUCCUUCUGGCUCAUACAGGUGGACGGGGAGGAAACCAUCUCGCUUGUGUUGAGUUUCCUACGCCUGCCCUGCGCCUCUCAGUACAUCAAGGUGCGCGAUGGACCCUCGCUCUCAUCCACUUUGCUGGUGGAGCUGAGCGGCGGCGGCCUAACUCUCAAGGGAGCCGUUGGCGAGGGCGGCCACGUCUUCAGCCACAUUCCGGUGGCAAUCGAGUCCAGUGGCGGGCAGCUCCUGGUGGAGUUCUCAUCGGGAGAGUCGGCUAAUGCAUCCUCUGCAUCCCCCACAACUGAGGACGGAACAGCCGCCGCCUGUACCGGCGGAUUUAUGGCCAAUGUCCAGCAGCAGCUACCCGGGGCCAGGGGAUCCAACAACAGUACGACCCUUAUUGCGGCCACUAGAAUUUCCGGAAAGAGCCGCGCCAUCCACCAGAAACCGGCGAUGUCACGUCUGCGCUUCACCCUGGUCCACCUGAGUGCCAUGAUCUUUGCCAGCAUUAUCAUUCUGAUAAGCGCCCUGCUCGGGGCUCAGUACGUGGUGCGGUAUCGGAAAUAUCAUCUGGCGGUGGCAUUGCGGCAGGACGAAGGAUCACGCCUGCACACGCCUCGGGCCUCGCUCAGCUCGCUGCACGGACCGCCGUCGCGUGCCACAUCGACUACGACGCUCCUCUCCGAGGUCAUUUACCUGGUGAAGAUGCGACCCAAGCACCACCUGCGCCACUCCAUACUGCGGGAGAGCGUGGACGCCGAGAACUUGAACCUCGAGACGGAGUUCAAGGAUUCUGGCCCAGAUGGCUUGCCGGUCAAGGGGGAUCCCAUCCAAGAGCUUGGUAGCUCCGCCUCAAUGCUGACGUUGCGGAACGAACGAUCCUCGCCAGCGCGCUCACUGGAAGGGGAAAGUGUCGUCGGUUCGCCGUCGUCCGGUGAUGCCGUGCUGUCCUCCAAAGCGGACGACGAUGAAUGCUCACCGGAGGCCCGCAUGCUGCCGGCCAGCUGCAAGGACAGCGCCAAGGACUCGGAGUCCAUCAUAUCGUCCGGCAUGAGCUCCCUGUGCAACAGUCCGCCGAUGAACAGCAAGCGGAUGAGCAAGUACUCGGAUCGCUACGAUGCGGUCACCCUGAAGUUGCUCUCCUCCCGUCUGGACGAGAGCCUGCAGGAUGCCAGCUCCCUGCAUUCCGUGUCCGAGUCGCUGCGAAUGGGUCGCCUGGGCUCGCGGAGUGUCAGCUCUUCCCUGACGAAUGGCUGCUACUCUCCCGCCGCCAGCGUGGUUAGCACUGCUACCAUCCGGACGACCAGCAAUCCCAAGGAGUCCAAGGAGAAGCAGAACCGCAGGAAGCUGCUGGCACGGCCCGGGUCCGAGUUCUCGUUGGGGAAUCAGGAGGAGCUCGAGCUGGACUACUACGACUACAACGUGAUUAAUGCAGGCGCCGCACCAGGCUCGUAUCUGGGCAUGGAUCCGGCCUACUUGGUGUGGAUACCGCCCUUCGAGGAAGUGGCCGAGCGGGACGACGAAGACAAGACGCCGGAGCCGCAGCGGGAGGAGGCAGAGCCGCUGUACGAGGAGAUCCAAAUGCCGAAGUACGGCCACUAUCUGAGUCCGGCCAGCAACACGGAGUCGAGCAGAUCCCAAACGGCGGACAACACGCCCAGCUCGGAGGAGCGAUCGCCGCCGAACAGUGAGCGCCCCUCCAAGGCCACCUCCCCCUGCGAGACGACAACGACUGUCCCACAGAAGAGUGGGAAGCAGCCCACGCCGUACAUGUCCCGCAAGCAGCGACGUCACUCCAAGCAAAGAUUCCUCUCGACGUGUUCACUGGGCACUGGCGCAGCCUCAGAGCACGAGAUCCGCACCGUGAGGACUCAUCCCAGUGAGAUUGCCGCAGUGCAUCAGAAGCUGGAAGCCGACACGGAUCCCAAUGAAUCGAUGACUGGGUCGUAUGUGGAGAAGGAGACUGCCUGCGAGAAGUCGACGAACGAUCUGCAGGAGUUCCUGGCACUGGAUGACAUCCAAUUCGCGGACGAGAGUGGCAGCGACUAUGAGACGGUCACGCUGAAGCAACUGACAGCCACAACGGAGUCCAAGAUGGGACACGAGGAUCUUCAAUCGAAGCUGCGCUCCAAGUCGAGGGAGGUGUCCGUGUAACGAGAGUAUUAUGUAUAUAGAAA